CAUGAAAAUAUCAACUAAAGACAAAAAAGAAAACAACAACUGAUCUUUUGUUUUGCUUGUUUUUUCUCACAAAAAAAUCUUAUUUAUUUGCGAAAAGAGAAAAAAAAGAAAAAAAACAACAAUAAAAAUAGUGAUUGUAUUCAUUGGAAAAUUCAUUUGGUAACUAAAUUAAAUUCACUUGGUAACUAAUUUGAAUUCACUUGGUAACUAAUUUGAAUUCACUUGGUAACUAAUUUAAAUUCACUUGUUACUAAGGAAAAUGUUUUCUUCAAAUAGUAUCCAACCCAUCAAAUUUCAUUCAAUUUAUAUUCACUUAGUAACAAUAUUAAUUUUGAUUCAUUAUAUCUAUGAAAUUAAUGGACAACAAUAUGAUUCAUAUAAAUGGAAAACUAUUCAUGAUAAUCGUGAUGAUGAGGAUACAACAUAUUUACCAUUGAAUAGAAUGACUAUUAAUUCUUUAUUACAUCAUAAUGAUCAUGAUCAUAAUAAUAAUGGAAGAAAAAUCAUUAAAACAAGAGCAAUCGAGAUUGCACCACCAGAAAGACCAUUUAUAUUUGAAACUCCUGAAGCACUUAGAACAUAUUUACAUAAAUUAAAUGAAUAUUUUGCAAUUAUAGGACGUCCUAGAUUUGGUCGAAGAAGAUGAUGAUCAUGAUCAUAACGAUGGUAAUAAUGAUCAUUAUCAUCAUCAUAAUAAUAAUAAUGAUUAUGAUCAUGAUAAUUUAACUAAUUUACAAUCAUACAAUGCAUUCCUAUGUCUUCUUUAUGUCAUUGUUUAUUCAUUUCAUUCAUACAUUUAACUUAAACUACACACUACACUAUACUAUGCUACACUCAUACCCACACCCACACUCAUACUCACACACACACGUACACAGUUAUACCCACAUAUAUCAUCUAUCUACAUACAAAUGAACAAUAAUACAGAAACUAUUUAUAAGAAUCUAAUUGAAUGUGGGCUGUUAGUGAUGUGUUGUAUGUGUUAGUAUCCAUAUAUGAUUUGAUUUAACUGAAUAGUUAACUCUUAUUAACUAUUAUUGUCUAAUUCUUACUAUUCAACUAAAUGAAAUAAUACAUAUAUUUAUUUAUUUAUUGUGAAUCAUUAAAAAAAGAAAAAGAAAAAAGAAAAAGAAAAAAGAAAACUAUAUUGAUUAUUUGUGAUGCAAGAAAAAAAAUUAAAAAAAUUUCGAGAAAAAAGAGCAUAAAUUUCAUUGUCUUUUGUUGUUGUUGUUUAGAUUGAUUUCGAACAUUAUAGAAGAUUAUCAUCGAUAAGUGAACACAUGACAAUUGAGAAUGGAGGGUUGUCUAAUCUGUACAGUUAGUAGUUAUUUCUGUCGCUUUCUUGCUCUCUCCCUCUCUCUCUCUCUCUCUCACUAGUUCACUCACUCUUCCUACCCCC